UUGGCCUCGUUCUACAACCAUUUUCGAACAUCUACUGGUACUAUCAUGGGAUCUACAAAGCGGUAGACAAUGCCCAUCUCGACACGAUGCCCUAAUUCAAUGCUCCAUAGGACGAAUUUUCCCUACCAGAGGCAGAUGAGUUUGAUGCCUUCAAGACCCCACUGGACGUCUUUAGCCUCAUUACGAACCUUGCAGGUGUGGGCAUUUAGAAGAAGGUCCUGAGCGCUGGUUUCUUUGACGAGAUGAAGAAAGCGCCGACACCUAUCUUCGGACUCCUGAUUCAAGUGGCAUGGGGCAUAUCUCGACAUGGACUUGAAACCCCACACUGGGAGGUAACGAUCAACGGCGACACGGUAAACGCCGUCACCACAACGAUCCCCAAGGAUAACAUCAUGCGGACCCCUUGCGUCUGGCAGUAUCCAAUCUGCAGCGUUGAGUUGAUGCUCGAAAAAAAACAAGCCGUGUAGCUCCUACCCAUGUUGCCGCCAAUACUGGGAAGAAGCCGAAAAGUGAGGCACUGCUGGAAGCCAUCUUAGGUACUACACAGCAAGUUCCUUACGACCUCUUUCCUUUCUCUUCAGGCCCAGCAAGUUUUCUUCGGUUUCUAUUUCUUUCCU